AUGGCAGAAGAGUUCGUGGAGCUCGGGUUCGAGGGCCUUGAUAGAUUCGCAAAUCGAUAUUGGGACCGAACCUAUAAUCAUCUACCAAACAUACCAAGACCAAGAAGAAACAAAUAUCGCCAGCAGCAAAGACAGCUACCCUCCGGGCAACCACCACAGCACCCUGACAAGGGCUACGAGCCAUCAAGCCCCAUCUCGGACGACGUAUACGGCUACAAGUCUGACCGUAAAAUGUAUAGGCCAAACGAACAGGACGGGUAUGCAAGGGACCAGCGGUACCGCGAGGCCGAGAAAAUGGACUACAUGCACACAGCACCGGGGCCAGGAUUCAGAGUGCCUCGCCGUCAGCCUGAAUACGACAACGAACAGAACACGCAAUUAGAAUCAUAUGGACAAGCCGAUGAACAAGGCUAUUAUUAUGGCCGACCAGCCCCACUCCGCAGACGGUCUUCGUGGUCUCCGCCGCGCUCUCGGGCACGAGGAGGGUCGAAAUCACGACAGGUGCGCUCGAGGUCGCGGUCGCAGUCGCGGUCUCAAUUGGCACAUAGCGAUGCAAAGAAUCAGCUCAUUGCAACCAUUGGAGGGGCAUUGGUAGGUGGGCUUGCGGGCAACCAAGUGGGCAAAGGAAAGAAGUACGAUACUGCUGCAACGCUCGCCGGAGCCAUUAUCGGAGGGGUUAGCGCCCGGGAAGCAGCCGAUCACUGGGACAAGACGCGACAGAAGAAGAAGCAAGCAAAGGGAGAGGGGUGGGAGGGUGAGUAUGGAAACGGACACGGUCGCAGAAACGAACGAUGGCAGGAGGGGGGCAGAUGGGACGACGAGGAUAGGCGAUAA